CGUGAGUCGGAAGUGUUGUUACUGAGGCUGAACCAUUACUAAGUCGAAAAUGCGAGGAUUGGUCGCACUACUUUGUUGUCUUUGCCUGCUCACUACGUCGUUCUGUGUACGACAUCCUGCAAGAACACUACCGAAAGUCGCAAACCAAGAUCACAACCGAUAUGUUGUACGAUUGAAGGAGGGGAAGGACGUACGUCAUGUCCAUGAUACGCUAGCUAGUGAAGCCGAAUUGAAAGGACACACAUUUAGACGAACCAUGGAAUCAAGGAAACGGAACACUAUGGUGGUAGAAAUGGAUUUGACGGCUCUUGAUAUGGUCAAAACACACGACGAUGUGGAGGUGGUUGUUAAGGAUAUCCGUCUGGAUCCUCCUCAAGGGAACCCAGAUGUUGUAAUGACGCCAACAGAUGACGUGCCAUGGCAUCUGGACCGAAUAAACCAACGCGCAUUACCACUGGAUGGAGCUUUUUCCUUCGGAAAUAAAUGUUGCCGUGGUCGCGAUGUAAACAUAUAUGUGAUAGACAGUGGAAUUCGGGAUACGCAUGUAGAUUUCCAAAGAAAUGGCGUUAGCAGAGUGGUACAUCUCGAGGAUAUCAUUGGAGGAGCGGGAUUUGGAACCGACUGCUUGGGCCACGGCACUGCGGUAGCGUCUGUUGCCGCGGGCGGCAGUUACGGCGUUUCAAAUCAAGCUUCUCUGUUUGAUGUAAGGAUAUUCAACUGUGUAGAUGGCACAUACCUAAGUCACCUGGAAUAUGCAAUAACAGCCAUAUUGGAUUCAGGUAGUCCUCCAGGUAUUAUUGUUAUGUCUGUCACAGCUUUUGCGCCAGCAUACGACGAUGAAUAUGUACCCUGGAUAACCAGUUUCAACGCUUUAGCUACCCAAGCUGUUAAUGCCGGCCAUAUUUUAGUAACAGGUGCAGGCAACGAUGCGGACUUUGCAGAAUAUUAUCUUCCAGCGUCAAGUGGGUUUGUUAUUACUGUCGGUGCAUCUUCGAAGAAGGACAAAAUAUGUGGAUUUUCUAAUAUUGGGUACGCUGUGGACUUGUACGCUCCGGGGUAUGCUCUACCGUCUGCGUCUCAUACCGGUGACACCGAGGUGGUUUUAAGGUCGGGAACCUCCUUCUCAGCACCUUUGGUAGCAGGCCUGUGUGCUUCUUUGCUGGGUGUUAAUGACACAUUAAACCAUUCCGCUAUGCUGGAUAAAAUUUUAGAAGAUGCCACUGAUGGCGCACUGAUCAACGUAGAAGCAUGGACUGAAUCGGUUAAUCUACUUGCCUAUGGCACCCCUCUACUGCAUAACUGUUAAUAUGCAUAAACAUGAAUUAAUAUGCAAAAACAUAAAUUAAUAUGCAUAAACGUAAGAUAGUAUGACAGCCUAUAGUUAGAUAUAGUUGCUUGUACAUUUUUAAAUAUUAUGUUUACGAUUCCACAAAGUGCGUACAAUGUAAACUCGUUCUUGGUGUACAAAUGCCAUGGUUUGUGGAGCACAUUGAUGUAUGGCUAUUGUACUUAAUAUACUGUUACAUUGUACUUGAAAUGGUAUUGUAGCACAAUAUACUGAAUUGACUCGCUCAACAAUUGGAAUCAACUUCGGCAAUAAAAAAAAAUCUUAGCAUG